AUGGAAUCAGAAUUAGAUUGUUCGACUUUUUCAGCCACCCUUAACACACCUGCUAUCAAUAAACGUAGCAGUUUGGCGAAAACGAUUCGUCGUUCGUUAUCUAACAAAACCAUUGACAAACCUUCCAAAUUGAAACAACUCGCUUCUAAACAAAAUACUGCAACCACCCUUUCCUCACCAAAAGAAAAAACCUCCUCGAGGCCAAAAUCCGCAUUACCGCCAUAUAAAGCACCUUCGCUUUCGUCGCAAACACGGCUAACAUCUAGCACAGCAGGCGACCUAAUAAACCCGUUAACACUAAAUUUGGACAUAAAACCUGUCUUUCAAUCCAAUGAUAAAGAUUCUUCCGAUGACCUCUCGAAUGUCUCACCGACCUUGCCGUCCGUCACAAUAACAUCGGAAGCUUCAUCCGAGACAUCUUCUCCUUCAAAGUUAAAUUCAUCUUCUGCCGUUCACUUACCAUCAACAAUUCCGAUAUCGCCAAGUGAAGAUGUAACCGAGGACAAUGGUUCAUUAGACAUUACAGCCUUUUUGGCAGCUCCACGAUUGACCCAACGUGUAAGACUGAAAACCGGACGGGUAGUUAGUUUUUCGGAAGUUGGUGAUAGAAAUGGAUUUCCCGUAUUCGUAUUUUUGGGAAUGGGUUGCGUGAGGUACUUUAUCGCUUUCUUUGAUGAUUUGGCAUCCAGUUAUGGUCUAAGACUGAUCUGUCCCGAUCGACCUGGCGUUGGAUUGUCAGAUGAUGUGAAGGUCGAAGAUCAACAAGUGCUGAAGUGGCCAGAGGUCAUCGAAGAACUUUGUGAAAUUCUUGGAAUCGAAAAAUUUUUUAUCAUGGCGCACAGUGCUGGGGCUCCCUACGCCUUGUCUUGUGCUGUAAAGAUACCCGAAAGAUUACAAGGGACCAUAUAUCUCGUUUGCCCUUGGGUCAGCACCACGAUAGCAAAUAACUUCAAAUGGUUACGAUUCGUCCCAACACCCAUUAUGAAGUUUACCAAUAGUGCCGGCAUUUCGCUUCAACAGAUGCUCCACGGUCGACAACCCUAUUCCACCAAGCCAAGCAAGAAUCCGAGUGCACUAUCUCAGAUGUCAAGCCUCGAGAGAAAGCAGCAGCUGGGUCUGGCCAUUCUGAAAGCCUCUUUUUCUGAAAAUCUGACCGGAGCAAAUAAUGAUUUACUCAUGUGUUUUGAGCGACGCCAUUCUUUCGGAUUUUCCUAUGCAGAUAUUAACCAUCCGGUGCACGUCUUCCAUGGUACGAAAGACGAACGGAUCCCAGUAGCGGCUGUGAAAUGGAUGGAAGAAAGCAUGCCUAAUUGCGGAUUAACUUUAAUAGAAGGAGGAAAGCACUCGCUGCUGUUACGUGCUGAAAUUGUCGAUACAAUCUUUAAGGCAAUUGCACUGCAAUUGCACGUAAAAGAUGCAUGUCGGGUGUGCCGAAUUUCGUCUAGAUGUUGGCUAAUGGAAGAAGCAGAAAAUUCUCAAAAGCAAAAAGAGGAUAUAUAA